CCAAACAACAUGGCUGCUUCCGAGUUGUAGAUUGGUUGCCUUCCACUAGCUAGCUGACUUUGAGCUGCUAUAUCGAAAUCUAACAACCAUGGAUAAAAAGAAAAAGCAAUAUGCAGUGACUGCUUCAUCGUUGACUUGUUUUUUUUUUCUGCAUCUGGUUGAUCUCAAAGCUGAACUCUACAGGAAACAAUAGCAAUUCAAACAUGAACAAUUGGGGCAAGAUGCUGGGACUAGUGCCAAAUCCCCCAAAAGCAAGAAACCUAAUGUAUGGAUCAAACAGAAUGAGGGUGUUUCAGCUCCGGCACAGAAAGUUGUGGAACAGGUGGCAGAGGAAGAGAACAAGGCAAAAUGCAAACUAGAGGAGAAAGUUAAACUGUAUGAGCAGAUGACCAAAGGAGACUCUCCUGAUGAGGAGACAGAGGGACUUUUCCUGGUGGAUUUCACCCAGAAGAUUAUUGACAAGAGAGAGAAUCAUGCCCAAUGAGAGAGGAGAGAGGAUAGAGAGAGCUCCUCCCCCAACCCACCCCCUGAGCCCAGGCAAGGAAUGGGUGGACGAUCUUGGAGAUGCAUGAAGAAAGACCUACCAGGGUUCAAGAAAAUGGACCUAGACUUUCAGGGAAAAGGACGUGACCUGGCUGAGAAGGACCGACUGUCAGAGGACAUGCGUGGAGAGCUGCAGAGGUAAGCCUGGGAGAGGGAGGAGGCCAUGAACGGGCCUGUGGGACGAAUCCACUACGAGGACAUCAGGAAGCAACAGGCCCGUGAGCUGGGUGUGGGCUACUUUGCAUUUUCUCAGGACCAGGCGCAGCGCAGGACAGAGACUCUGGACAUGCUCAGACACCAGACAACAGACCAGCGCAGUAAGAGGGAGCAGUUGAAGGAGAAGAGGAAGGCUCUGCUGAAUGCUCAGUUGGCCAAGGUGAGGCAAAGGAAGAUGAAGACUAAGCUGGACGGAACACAGGACAACCAGGGAGCUGGACACAACCAUGAAGAGGAUGAAGCCCAUGAGGAGGCCCCUGCAGUGAAGAAGUUGGAGGUAGAGAUCCAAGAGAGGAGAGACACCAAGUCAGGAGUACCCCACGUCAGAGAGUGGGACAGGGGCAAAGGUAAACACUACUCCUUGUUUCUGGUUGACACGAUUGGCAACAGUGGUAGGCCUGAUCACAGACAACGACGAGACAGCCUAUAGGGAGGUCAGAGACCUGGCCGUGUGGUGCCAGAAUAACAACCUAUCCGUCAACGUAACCAAGACUAAGGAGAUGAUUGUGGACUACAGGAAAAGGAGGACCAAGUACGCACCCAUUCUCAUCGACCGGGCUGUAGUGGAGCAGGUUGAGAGCAUCAAGUUCCUCGGUGUCCACAUCAACAACAAACUAGAAUGGUCCAAACACACCAAGACAGUCGUGAAGAGAGCACGACAAAGCCUAUUCCCCCUCAGGAAACUAAGAAGAUUUGGCAUGGGUCCUGAGAUCCUCAAAAAGUUCUACAGCUGCAACAUCGAGAGCAUCCUGACUGGUUGCAUCACUGCCUGGUACGGCAAUUGCUUUGCCUCUGACUGCAAGGCACUACAGAGGGUAGUGCGUACGGUCCAGUACAUCACUGGGGCUAAGCUGCCUGCCAUCCAGGACGUCUACACCAGGCAGUGUCAGAGGAAGGCUCUAAAAAUUAUCAAAGACCACAGCCACCCCAGUCAUAGACUGUUCUCUCUACUACCACAUGGCAAGCGGUACCGGAGUGCCACGUUUAGGACAAAAGGCUUCUCAACAGUUUGUACCCCCAAGCCAUAAGACCCCUGAACAUGUAAUCAAAUGGCUACCGGACUGUUUGCAUUGUGUGCAUUGCGCUAUUGGUUAGAGCCUGUAAGUAAGCAUUUCACUGUAAGGCCUACACCUGUUGUAUUCAGCGCACGUGACAAAUAAACUUUGAUUUGAUCCCCUGGUCAGCCCCAAAAUGCACCUCCAGCCCCUCAGUGACCCCCCCCUCAACCCCCACCUCAGUACCCUUUUUAGACUGGUGAUCUUGUUCAUGUGUGGUGAUUGUGUGUUUUGAGUGACAGGACAAUACCGAGGAUCAGCCACGAUGUAAUAGCUGUUUUCUGGGUUUGACAUUGAGACGUUUCUGGAAGCUUGUCAUUAUAUUCAAACAUAUGCAAUUACCUGUGAUCAUUUUAAAAGGAUCUAUGGAAUAUAUAUUCAGUGUUGGGAUAUAGCUAUAAGUGAGGAAGGUUUGACUGAGAUGCUCUAGAUGGCGCUGUGCCCAUUUACCAUUGUUUUAUGAGCCACCAGACUCCGUGUAGGUGUGUUCAGAAUGUGUAAUGUUGAGUGUUUUAAACGUUGUUCAAUCCAAUGGAGUACUCACUGGCCUGGCAUGAACUCCUCUGGUCCAUUUCAUGCGCUUGACAAGGAGGCAGGUGUGUUUGUCCCAUCAGGAAGACAGGUCAGGGAAAUGACACUGACGUGGAAAAUGUUUAGCUUCUUCAAACAGCGAAUGAAAGGAAACUUUAAUAUUUCUGAUCAUUAGAUUGUAUUAAAUAGUUAUUUAUGCCA